AUGGUGCAACCGCUAUUAGAAGUUACUAUCCGUCAAAGGAAAGGAAAGAGGCGUAGGUUCCGUGGAGCAUCCGCUACGUGCUUCUCAUGGAUGAGUAAAGGGGUCAAGUGUCCCCACCAAGAUAAUGUAGGUGACAUGAUAGAUGAGGAAAGAACAGCAUCAGAGGAGUAUUUAUAUUUGACGACCAUUCAGACUACACAGAUGAAUGAUCGUGUGAAUGUGAAGGCAACUGGUCAAUGUGAAAAGGAUAUUGAAACAGGGUCAAUGAAACGGAGUCAUGUGGUUGGUGGGUGA